UCGGCUCGUUGAAGUGAGAGGCAGAGAGAGAGAGAGAGAGAGAGAGAGGGAACUCAAAUUCUAAUUUCCGAUCCCGCUUUGGUACUCUGCGAUGGGCGACUGCAGUCCCUCGGUGACGGCGCCUCAUCCACUGCCGUCGAAGACCCCGAUGGCCUCGCGGUUGCAGUCCCCUCCCUUCCACCUCGGAUCCAACAACGACGAGCUCGAGCGCGCACAGGCGCGUGCCGCCGCCCGCGCUGCUUCCGUCCGCCGCAAGUCCGUCGUCCCUAGCCAGCCGCUCUUCUCCGAGAGCAGAAAUGAUAUCAUGGACAGGAGCCAGAUCAUGGAUCUCUUCCACAACUGCAUCAAGCUGGCCAGCGAAAACAAGAUUAACCAGAAAAACACAUGGGAGCUGAGCCUUAUAGAUCAUCUCAGUGAGAUCAUCAGAGUGAGCCCUGAAGAUGACGAGGAGACCAAUUUCCAGAAGGCAAGUUGUACUUUGGAAGCUGGAGUGAAGAUUUACUCAAUGAGAGUAGAUUCCGUGCACUCAGAAGCAUAUAAAGUUCUUGGAGGGAUAAAUCGUGCUGGGAGAGAAGAAGAUAAUGACACCACUGAAAUGGGGGACAAUAUUGAUGUUGCACAAACAGAUGACGUCUCUAAGAAGGAAUUGGAAAGAAAGCUUUCGCCCUUAUCAACAUUGGAAUCAUCUUUUGAAGCCCUUAACAUAAAAAAGUUUGAUGAGGCAUUUAUUGUGGAUCCUCUGUAUCAUCAGACUUCUGCACAAUUUGAUGAAGGUGGUGCUAAGGGUCUUCUAUUGAACAACCUUGGGGUUUAUGGUGGUUGCCGUGUACUUUUUGAUUCAUUUGAAUGUCCAGAAAGGAGCAUGUCAACAGUUGAAACUGAGGGACCUGAACUAAUUGAUCUUUCUUUUGCUAAAGAUUACAUUGAGAAAAUGAUGAUCUGUAUGCUCACGGCAAAUGAUAUUUCACCCACUCUAAAGGAUAUCCUGAAUCAAUUUGAUGAAGAAAAUCGUAGGCCAGAUAUAAAUGAUUCACCUCAGGAGCCAAUUACUGAGGAUUUUCCCGAAGGAAAUGACCAAAUCGAUGUUGGAGAGAAUGGAUUUGAUGAUGAUUGUGGAGCUUGGAACCUUGAUCAUGAUGAUCGUCUUAGUGUAGCUGAUGACAACUCAACUAACAUAAACCUAAAUUAUGCAAAUGAUCUGGAGGAGGAUUUUGAAUGCAACUUUAAUGGACCUAAUGUGGAAGAGAAGUUUGAAAAAAUUACUGAUUUCUUGUCUGUAGGAUUGGGGUUUACUUCAAAAUCAAAUGCAUGGGCAGGACCUGAUCAUUGGAAAUAUAGAAAAGCAAAGGGUUUAGAUCAAAAACAAUCAUUGGAUACGAACACUGAAUCAGUAAGCAAGAAAUCAAAGAACCGGAAGGAUGUUAAUGAUAUUGAUUUUACAAAAUCACUGGAAAUUGAUAUGUCAAAUAUCUUUGCACCUCCAAAGAAUCCAAAGUCAUUGCUAUUGCCUGCAAACAAAGCAACAUGUAUUACUUCGCUCCCUGAAGAUUGUCACUAUCAACCAGAAAGUCUUGUCAAAUUGUUUUUAUUACCAAAUGUUAUGUGUCUUGGAAAGAAAGGAAGACAGCUUUCUGAUGAACCAAGACAAAAUGAUGGGAGCUAUGUGGCAUCAUGGGAAAAUGAUAGUACAUGUGAUAACUUUGAUGAUGGACUUGCCUUCGGUGAUACAGAUGAUCAAGGGAGUCUUGUUCGUCAACCUCGCCAGGUAAGCAAAAUAGACAUCCAGUAUGACAAAGUAUCGAAACAAGUUGAUGUUCAUGCACUGAAAAAUAUGCUCUGGAAUCAUAUGCAAAAAUCAGUGCAAGUCUCUUAUGAGAGUCAGGAUUCUGAAGCCACAGUUUAUCUGACACAGAUUUUACUCCACCUCCCAAUUGACUGCUCAUUAGAUUCAGCCAAAGAUAUAUCUCCCCAUUUGACUUUCAUUUGUCUGCUGCAUUUAGCAAAUGAGCAUUGUUUGCGCAUCCAUGAUUGUCCUACCAUGGAUGAACUCGAAAUUGUCAUUCCAUCCUCUGCACUAAAAUGAUGAAUACUAACUGUAUGGCGCUACCAUGGAGUUGGAAUAUGUAAAUUUGCAGGUUUGAUAUUGUAUUUGGAGAUGUUUUAGAGAGCGACAUUUUAUUUGUAUACAGUGAAAAUCAUGGAGCUAAUGGAGAAUCGUGGAGCACAUGAUCCAUGACAAAAUACUUGCUUUGUAUUAUCGAGGUUAAACCUCUAUUUAUGAAGACUGCUCUCUUGACUCUA